AUGGAGAUAAAGCAGUCCCAGCAUGCAGACUGCCUGGUGGCAUUCUGUCAGCAGAACGGGAGGUCCAGGUCUGGGGCAGAAGAUGAAGCUGUGAAGAGGAAGUUGAACUUGGAGACGGAUCACCAGUACAUAGCAGAGAGCCUGCCCACAGCCCGUGGCAAAGCAAGGAAUCCUGCUAAAGGGACCAAGUCUCCCGGGGAGAAGUCCCGCUAUGAAACCUCCCUGAACCUCACCACCAAGCGCUUCCUGGAGCUCCUGAGCCAAUCGCCUGAUGGUGUGGUGGAUCUCAACUGGGCAGCUGAGGUCCUGAAGGUGCAGAAGAGGCGCAUCUACGACAUCACCAAUGUCCUCGAGGGCAUCCAGCUUAUCACCAAGAAGUCCAAGAACAACAUCCAGUGGCUGGGCAGCCAGGCUGCCGUGGGAUCCUCCAGCCAGCACCGAGUGCUAGAAAAGGAGCUGCGGGACCUGCAGGCAGCUGAGCGGCAGCUGGACGACCUCAUCCAGACGUGCACUGUCCAGCUGAGGCUGCUCACAGAGGACCCUGGGAACCAGCACGCAGCCUAUGUGACCUGCCAGGAUCUCCGGAGUAUUGUGGACCCCUCUGAGCAGAUGGUGAUGGUUAUCAAGGCCCCCCCAGAGACCCAGUUACAGGUCUCGGACCCCACGGAGGCUUUCCAGGUGUCCGUGAAAAGCACUCAGGGUCCCAUUGACGUGUUCCUCUGUCCCGAAGACAGCUCUGGAGUCUGCAGCCCUGUCAAGAGCCCAUUCAGAGCGUCCGUGGAGGAUUCAUCGCCCAUCUCUUUGCAGCCCAGAGCCUCGCCGCUCCUGCAUCCGGCCCAGGACGUGAACAUGCCACUGCUGCCUGGCGAGCAAGAGCCCCUGCUGCCCAGAGAGGCCGCACUACCCAGCAAGUGCCCUGCGGAUGAUGUGAGCCUCUCGCCGCUGGCCUCCAUGGAUGCCCUCCUGGAGCAGAGCAAGGACGAUUUCUCAGGCUUCCUGACAGACGAAUUCAUCAACCUGUCCCCACCGCAGCCCCAGGAUUACCACUUCGGCCUGGAAGAGGGCGAGGGCAUCAGCGAACUCUUUGACUGUGACUUUGGGGACUUCACGCCCUUGGACUUCUGA